AUGAAGCGGAGUCCUCUCUUAAACGGCAGGCGCCUCGAAACACACGUGACCCUAAAACCAGCUGCCUCUAACAGCUGGCAAGACGGUCACCCCCACGCAGUUGAACCCGAGUCGCGCCGAGAAAGCGAGGGUGCGGAGGUCACCACGAAGUCCUACUACACUCGCUUCUGGAUUCUGUUCAUCUUCUCCUUCCUCGCGUGGUUUGAGGGCGCCCAGUGGAACACGUGGGGCCCCAUCAGCGAGAGUGUGAGCGUCGCCUUCCCGGGAUGGGGCGCUGAGACGGUGGCCAUGAUGGGCAACUGGGGGAGUAUCAUGUUCGUGGUGGGCAUCGUGCCCAUGUGCUGGUUCAUGGAGGCCAAGGGAGUCCGAGCGGGAUUGCUUGCGUGUGCUGGCCUGAUCGCAGCGGGGACCGUCAUGAGGAUAAUCCCCUUCGCCACGAGCUCCGACGUGUUCUUCACCGUGAUGUCCCACUUAUGUGCUAUUUGUGUGGGUCUGGCAGCCACCAUGGCCAUUGCGCCUACCAUAGCCGCUGUGUGGUUUCCGCCCGAGGAGAGAACGACUGCUACAGCUGUUUCGCAGGUGUUGAACCAGCUGGGCAACGUCGGGAGUUACCUGGAGCCGCUGCUGGUGAGGUCGCCGAGGAACGGGACGACGACGGAGGAAAUUCGGAGUGAUAUCAAACGGCUGCUUUAUAUUGACGCUGCGAUUGCUGUCGCGUUGUUGGUGGCCAUCUUGGUGUAUUUCCCGAAGAAGCCUCCGCUGCCGCCGUCAGUUACGUCAUCCGUCGAAAGAUACGAUUUUCUGACGAGCAUAAAAAAGGUGUUCAGAAAUCGAGAUCCCCUUCUAGUGACAAUAUCCUAUGGAAUAACAGUGGGUAUUCCCUUGACCUGGUUUAGUGUGCUAAACUUUUCCCUUCUUGAACUAGGGAUACACCAGGACGACGCCAUGUGGGUGGGCCUCCUCGCCGUCGUGGCGUCGGGCGCGUCCGGGCUGCUCGCGGGCCGGGCCACCGACCUCGUCUACGGCCACGUGAAGGCGACGCUGCUGGCGCUGACGGAGGCGACGCUGGCCUGCUUCUUCUGGUUCUUCCUGCUGGCGUGGGGCGCCGUCGCGGCCUCCAGGUGGCAAGUGUAUGUCAGUGUGGUCGGGGGCCUGGCGCUGAACUUCGCCACCGCCCCUCUCUUCAUGGAGCUGGCGGUCGAAGUGUCCUACCCGUGUCCUGAGGUGGUCGUGGGCGGGAUGCUGACGGGCGCCGACAACUUCGUGGGCUUGCUGUUCCUCCUGCUCUUCUUUAUUCCGAAUAUAGGCUACGAGUGGGUGACGUAUUCGCUGCUUGCAACAGGUGCUCUUGCAAUCGUUCCUCUGCUGCUUGUGAGGGAGAAUUACGCAAGAUCUAGUAUCGAUAGAGCCGAUAUUCACGAAGCAUCCACGACUUUAACCUGAGGAGUGUGUGAGGAUGGAUGAAUAAAAGAGAGAAAAUAAGUGCUGGUCCUACCCUCCCACCUCAGAAGGAAAUAUCUUUAUUAUAGUUUACCCUUUCAGAUUACGCGUUUUCUUUCAUCGCGAAGGUUUUCUUUGUGUAUGAAAUGGUAAACUUUCAUAAUUCCCCCUUAAAUUUGAGUACCUGAAGGUUCACUUAUACACCUGUUGCGUUGAAGUAUAUAAGUGGAACAUCUGGGUUUCUGUGGAGCUAACACUGGAUACAUGAAAUACUUAUACUUCCACCACCAAAGUAAAUAUAGUUAAUAAACAAUUAUUAAUGGUUACCUUGACUUCUGUGUAUUCUCCUAAGGUAGGAAGCCUGCCACACCGCUAAAUCUAGUCCUGUAUUUUUUUUCUUUGGACACAAGCCAUACAGAACUUCCCUAUAGAGAUAUAGUCCAUGGUAGGCUUCCCCAUACAUAGUGUUUUUUUAACAAUAAUGACGAUAUUCGACAAUGCUAUUAGUAGGCUGUCGAUACACAUAAUAAGAUCAACUUAGUUAGGUGAAAUAAUACAUGUUACCACCAACAUUUAAUCAAACAACUGACAUGACAUAAAAAAAAAAAAAAAAAAAAAAUAGUCCAUUUCAAAGCAAAUCAUUUGUAAAUAUUGUGAACACACAUGCAGGUAUUAUAUACACACCUGUAUGCACGUACAGUGUAUAUAUUUAUACUGUAUUCGUGAGUGUGUGUGUGUGUGUGUGCAGAGAGAGAGGGGGAG